GAUCAGAGGAGAAGAUGCAGAAUUCCUCCUCGCAGAGCGGAACGCCUCGGUCCAGCUGCAGCUCCCGAGAGCCGAGUUCGGUGUCCGUCCGGUGGCGGCGCUCCGGGCCGGCAGGGGGCGCUGUGCAGCUCCGCGGUGCGGACGUGGACGCGGAAGUGGCUGGCGGGGCGGCCAUGGCGCGGGGCGGCGGCAGGGCGAGCAGCCUGAGGGACAAGUUGGACGGCAACGAGCUGGACCUGAGUCUGUGCGGGCUGAGCGAGGUGCCGGUCAGGGAGCUGGCUGCGCUUCCAAAAGCGACCGUGCUGGAUCUGUCCUGUAACAGCCUGGUUUCCUUGCCGUCAGAUUUCUGCAGUUUGACGCACCUGGUGAAACUGGAUUUGAGUAAAAAUCGGCUCCAGCAGCUGCCCGUGGACUUUGGGCGCCUGGUCAGUCUGCAGCACCUGGACCUGCUCAACAACCGCUUGGUCACGCUGCCCGUCAGCUUCGCACAGCUCAAGAACCUGAAGUGGCUGGAUCUGAAGGACAAUCCCCUGGAUCCUGUUCUAGCUAAAGUAGCCGGAGACUGCCUGGAUGAGAAGCAGUGCAAGCAGGCAGCGGUCAGGGUACUGCAGCACAUGAAAGUGAUCCAGUCCGAGCAGGAUCAAGAAAGGCAACGAAAGCUCCAAGCAGAGCGAGAAAUGGAAAAGAAGCGUGAAGCAGAACAGCGAGCCAGGGAGGCUCAGGAGAGGGAACUGAGGAAGAGAGAGAAGGCAGAAGAAAAGGAACGCAGACGACGGGAAUACGAUGCUCAGAGAGCUGCAAAACAGGAGGUGGAAAAGAAAACUAAAAAGGAGACUGCGCAGACCCGAAAGCCUGCCUCCAGUUCUCGCCCACCUCAGCCAGCCCGGCACAAGCACUCGUGGUCACGGUCGGUGCUCAGGGUGUUGCUGCUGGUGCUGCUCUGCAUCCUCUGCACUUUGGCUGUCUGCAAAUUGACAGAGCUGCAACACCAACCACUGUGUGUCAGUGUGAACACUCUGUAUGAAGACGUAGUUGCUGCCGUGCAAAACCACAAAACCCUGCAGAACAUGCUACAGCAGAACUCACAGCAGUGAUCGUCCUGGAUGGGCACUUGCUUUGUCAGCAUCUCCUUUCACCAUCCACGCAGCCAGAAUUCCUAUGGAAUUGUGUUCUGAUGAAACUGCUUUUUAUCCGUCAGCAUUAAUUUGCUGGUCCACUCCGCAUAGAGUUAUUGUUUGGAUCAUCGUUGCUGUGCAUGUUUCUCAGUUGGCCUGUCACUCCCAUCAUCUGCCUAGAUUAACUUAAUACCACUCACCUCCAAGGGACUUACACUUAGAUCUGAAGACACAGAAAGAUGUCAAUUUAUAGGAGUGGGGAAAAAAGACUUUCAGUUACCUAGGUAGUUGUAGCUCAGUAAUGGAGGUAUGAGUUUUUUUAAUACAUAUCCAUUUCUCGCUCUCGUUUCUAUUAGUGCUAAAACUGAUGACAUGGCUGUAUGGGAGUAUUAUAUGUAGGCCUACUCCAGGACCAAUUACAUUUGUGGAAUGGCUGUGCAUCUGUAUGUUGGAGUGAAGAAGCUGAUGUACUAUUGAAAGAAACUGAAUGUUUUCAAUAUAACAUUUUUUGCAUCAAUUUA